UGCGCGCUGGUUGGUACUGGCAGACAUGAUGAAACUUCCCGCAUGCCUUACGAGAGGGAGGCGGAUAUAAAGUGGGAGGAGGACAGGUGCUCUGUCCGCAACCCGCAUCCGGUCCGGCUCGCCAAGAGAACCCAUCGCCCCAGUCCGCCAUGUGUGGCAUUUGGGCCCUCUUUGGCAGUGAUGAAUGCCUCUCUGUUCAGUGUCUGAGUGCUAUGAAAAUUGCACACAGGGGACCAGAUGCAUUUCGUUUUGAAAAUGUCAACGGGUACACCAACUGCUGCUUUGGAUUUCAUCGGUUAGCGGUGGUUGAUCCGCUGUUUGGAAUGCAACCAAUUCGACUGAAGAGAUACCCUUAUUUGUGGCUCUGUUACAAUGGUGAAAUCUACAACCACAAGGAGAUGCAACGCCAGUUUGGAUUUAGCUACCAGACCAGAGUGGAUGGUGAGAUAAUCCUUCAUCUCUAUGACAAAGGCGGAAUUGAGCAAACAGUCUGUAUGCUGGAUGGGGUGUUUGCUUUUAUUUUACUGGAUACUGCCAGUAAGAAAGUGUUCCUGGGCAGAGAUACCUAUGGAGUCAGACCUUUGUUUAAAGCCAUGACAGAAGAUGGAUUUCUGGCUGUGUGUUCAGAAGCUAAAGGUCUUGUUAACUUGAAGCACUCUGGGACUUCAUUUUUAAAAGUGGAGCCUUUUCUUCCGGGACACUAUGAAGUUUUGGAUUUAAAGCCCAAUGGCAAAGUUGCGUCUGUGGAAAUGGUCAAAUAUCAUCACUGUAGAGAUGAACCUCUGCAUGCCCUCUAUGAUAAUGUGGAGAAACUAUUCCCAGGUUUUGAGAUAGAAACUGUCAAGAGCAACCUCCGGAUCCUUUUUAACAAUGCUAUUAAGAAACGUUUGAUGACAGACAGAAGGAUUGGCUGCCUUUUAUCAGGGGGUUUGGAUUCCAGCCUGGUUGCUGCCACCCUGCUUAAGCAGCUAAAAGAGGCCCAGGUUCAGUACCCUCUCCAGACAUUUGCUAUCGGCAUGGAAGAUAGCCCUGAUUUACAGGCUGCUAGAAAAGUAGCAAAUCAUAUUGGGAGUGAACAUCAUGAGGUCCUCUUUAAUUCUGAGGAAGGAAUUCAGGCCCUGGAUGAAGUCAUAUUUUCCUUGGAAACUUAUGACAUUACAACAGUUCGUGCUUCAGUAGGUAUGUAUUUAAUUUCCAAGUAUAUUCGGAAGAACACAGACAGUGUGGUGAUCUUCUCUGGAGAAGGUUCAGAUGAACUUACACAGGGCUACAUAUAUUUUCACAAGGCUCCUUCUGCUGAAAAAGCUGAGGAAGAGAGUGAGAGACUCCUGAAGGAACUCUAUUUAUUUGAUGUUCUCCGUGCUGAUCGCACUACUGCUGCCCAUGGUCUUGAACUGAGAGUCCCGUUCCUGGAUCAUCGAUUUUCUUCCUAUUACUUGUCUCUGCCACCAGAAAUGAGGAUUCCAAAGCAUGGGAUAGAAAAGCAUCUCCUGAGAGAGACAUUUGAGGACUCUAACCUGAUACCUAAAGAGAUUCUCUGGCGACCGAAAGAAGCCUUCAGUGAUGGAAUAACCUCAGUGAAGAAUUCCUGGUUUAGGAUUUUACAGGACUAUGUUGAACAUCAGGUUGAUGAUACAAUGAUGGCAACUGCCUCAGAGAAGUUUCCCUUCAAUACUCCUAAAACUAAAGAAGGUUAUUACUACCGCCAAAUCUUUGAACGCCACUACCCAGGCCGGGCUAACUGGCUGACCCAUUACUGGAUGCCCAAGUGGAUCAACGCCACUGACCCUUCUGCUCGCACGCUGACCCAUUACAAGUCAGCUGCCAAAGCUUAGGCACUCUUCAGCGGUAGAGUUAAAGAAAAUGUUUCUUCUUCUUCUUAGGGGUAGGGUGACUGGUGCUGCGUACAGGGAGCAAUGAGGGUCAGUCACCCUAGUUUACUUGGGGGUAAAAAAUAAAUAAAAGUCUUAACUUAA